UUUAAGAACCCACGGAAUGUGACAAAGCGCAACUCUCCGCCGCAGGCUACUAUUCUGCGAGCAUCGCGUUUCGCGUGAUCUGGUCGGAUAGGGGGUUUUCAUGCUGAAAUCAGGCUGGUGUAGGGCCUGAGACGGGUUAGGGUGAGGAUGAAGUGAGGUGUGAAGGUGAUUGCGAAGCCACAAGAUGACGCACUCGAGCUUUCGUCGAGCCAUAUAUCCCCCAUCUACCCCAGAACCUUGAUCGCAACAAUUCCUCUCUUCGUCUCCUACCCACUAUCUACUGCGCGGUCAGUUAAUUUUCUGCGUCGACAAUGCCUCCACGCCUUCCGGGUCAAGGCAUGAGCCUGUCGGCCGUCAUCGGCUGGGGGAGAUUCCACUUCAAGGAUGACUUCGUCAAAAUACCCACGCCCUCGCAGUUCAACCGGAAGACUGUUCACCCAUCGGGAUAUGACAAGUCGCUCGAAGCCAUCAUUGUAGGCACGGCUUUCGAAGAGGUCCGUCCAUACUUUCGCGCCACCGUCGAUGUCCUAGCCUGGCUUGAACAUGGCCAUGUCGAAGUGGGCUACAUCUCGCAGGUCGGCAGCGACUUGAACAUGGUGCUUUACCAGAACCUCGUCGACAGUCGCAUCGCCUUUGCCGAGCCGUUCUCCUGGAUACUUCAAGCCGGUAACGAGACGGCAGUGCGACACUUCGAUGCUUUCAUCCAGUACGCCGUUCUUUCACGGAAGGGACGACUCAGGGCUGUAAGCGCAUGUGCUAUCCCCGCCUUCAGGGAGCAUUUCCCUGCUGCUUGUCGUGACAUUGCGCUUGUCGCCAACCAGAGACUUGCAGAGUGGAACAGCAUCACCGCGCCGCUGGAUCAGAAUGAGACUGUGUCCCUGAAAGUCGAGACGAAUCCAGUCGAAGCACCGUCCACCGCGACUGUCUCUCCGCCACUUCCUGCACAGAACAAUAUCGCAGAGCUCCCGACGCAUCCCAUAGAGACUGGGGCACGCGGUGAGAUAACAGAGGCUGUCUAUCAGAGCCAGAUUCUUGCAGAGUACGCUGCUUCAGUCAUCACGCUCACGAGGAAGUUGAACACGAUCACAAGGCUGCAUGCGUGUGAGACGCAACAACUCCAUUCAAAGAUCCGUAGUCUGGAGAAGAGCCUCGCUUCCGCAUCAAAGGACGUGACGAAAGCGAAAAGGGCGCUGAAGAAAGCGCAAGACAAGACCAGAGCGGCGCAAGACAAGACUAAGCAGGCGACAAAGGCGAGAGCGCAGCGCUCCAAAGCCAAUAGGAUCUGCGCAAGACAGCAGAACGACCUCGCGGCUUGGACGGACAGGCACGAAGCACUGGCCGCAAGCUUGGAAGGCAGGCGCCAGGUGGCAGUGGCCUAGGAGGCCGAGCACAGGAAGUUGAGGGCUUCUUUGGACGCUAUGCUCGGCGGUAGUGGGCAGUUGGGAUGUCAGAUGCGGGCCCAGAUUAGAAGUGUGGUGGGGCAAGAAGAUGGGGUUCGGGCUGCUGGUCAAGGUGUAGGUCAAGGAACCUUUUGGUCCGGGCAGAUUGUGUCCAGGCACGACUCGUGAUUUCUGAGACAGA